CUGUGUCAUUAUCGUUGCUGAUCUGGGAGGGGAAGGCAACCGGAGAGCCCGAAUCGCUCCAACAACGGGACCACUUCUAGCUAAACUCCCGCUGCCUGGCUUGUCGCCAGUCCCCCCGCACCGCGGCGCAGCGCCGGCUCUCCCUCGCUUUCUCUCUCCUUCUUCUCUCCCUUCUUGCCAAACUCUCAGACACGCUCAUUCCAGCCAUCCCGGGCAGCAGAAUAAGACGCUGAAAAAAAACGACCCAAGAAGGGCCAUUUAACUUUAGAUGAUUCACUUCUACUUCUUCGGAUCACUUUUAUAUAUCUUAAUGCUUUUUAGGCGUUGCAGCAUUGUUAUUCGGAAAGACGCUACUUAGAGUUUGUUUUUUCUUGCAGGGAAGGAGAAAAAAAAAAGCAAACUUUGUUUUCCUGCUCGAUCUUUUAAGAGGCGAGUUGAGCACAUUGGCAGCUCCUUUUUCCGCCGUGGCGCAGCGAAUUUUAACUGGGGAGAAAGAGGCAAAAAGAGGUGGUCGGCACCGGAUAGAAGACGUCUUUGCUGGGCACCUUUCAGGCUCCGUGCGCUGCCUCCCCUCACCCUGCCGCGGCCCCGCGGAGUCGAUAAGGAUGCCAGCAUGCCCCCCCUGACCAUCUCCCAUCUCUUUCUCUUCUGGCUGGGUGUCCAGAGGCUGGCGUUCGGCGCGGAGCGCCCGGCGGGUCUGGAGCGCUUCAAGGUGGUCAUCGCUCCGCUGAUCUGCAAGCGGACGUGCCUGAAGGGACAGUGCCAGUACACCUGCGAGCAGGGCAACAACACGACGCUGAUCGGCGAGAACGGCCGCUCCACGGACACGCUUACCGGGCCCGGCUUCCGAGUGGUGGUGUGCCCACACCACUGUAUGAACGGGGGUGUCUGCAGCUCCCGCAGCCACUGCCUGUGCCCCCCCGGAUUCACAGGCCGCCUCUGUCAGACCCCCCUGGCUCAGACUCCCAAAGUGCAGGGGGCACAGGGCAGUCAGCUGCCCACCUACACCCUGCAGGUCCUGCCCGACUCCCCCAGCGGCGCAGAGCAGCCCGGCCCCGUUCGUCCCAUGACCCAGACGCACUCAGUCUUCACCCUGCCCCUCCCCCAGGGGGUGGGGCAUCACUCUUCCGAAGUGCAGUUUAAUGUGCGGGUCCACCAUGAUCCGGACACUUCUGUCCUCAUCCAUCCUUUGGACCAAUCGGAGGCCAAGAAUGCACGGAAGCAGGGACCCCGGCAAUUGCCACAGACCCACAAGCCCCGGGGCCGCUGUUUCCAGGAGACCACGCCCAAGCAGGCUGUGAGUACAUGCAGCAGUAACCCCCUGCCUGGCCUGACCAAUCAGGAGGACUGUUGUGGAAGCGUGGGAAAGUCCUGGGGGCAAAACAAAUGCCAUAAGUGCCCCAAGCUGCCUUGUCCUCUCCUUCAAACUCCUCCAGACACUGCGGUCCAUAAGCUGUCCAUCAUCGAGGACUAUGGCUCCACCUGUCCGUACGGCUACAAGAGACUCAACAGCACACACUGCCAUGACAUCAACGAGUGCACCAUGCAGGGGGUCUGCCCCAACGCCGAGUGCCUGAACACGCAGGGCAGCUUCCUGUGUGCCUGCAAGCCGGGCUACGUCCUGGAGCGCACGCGCUGCAUAGAGCCCCCUGCUGAGACGGGCCCCUGUUUCCGCAUGGUGAACGAGGACGGCCAGUGCCAGCACGCACUGCCCACUAUGAUUUCCCAGGAGAUGUGCUGCUGCACCGUGGGCAAGGCCUGGGGCAGCAGAUGCCAGAGGUGCCCACAGGAUGGCACAGCCCUCUUCAAAAAGAUCUGCCCUGCAGGGAAGGGCUACACAGUGCAGAACUACCGGGAGACGGUGUCCUUCCUGCCGCAGCCAAUACCCCCCGCCCUGGACCACCCAGAAGUCAAGUUUCCACCACUCCCCCCUGAGGCUGUAGAGAUGACCACACCUGUGCAGCCCCUCACAGCCAGCCCCCCGGGACCCCGUAUCCCAGUAAUCAGGGCCAAACCCACACCCCCUCCCAUUGUGGAGGUCCCCCCCGAGAGGGAUACCAGCCCCCUGGAGGCCGUGCAGACGCAGCUGCCACAGACCGAUGAGUGCCGGCAGAAUAAAAACAUCUGCGGCCAAGGGGAGUGCGUCAACACGCUGGCCGGCUUCAGCUGUCACUGCUACCCCGGCUACCGGCCCCACAGCCAGAGGAAGAACUGCGUGGAUGAAGAUGAAUGCGAAUCAGGCCCAUGUGGUCCAGGAAGGGGGCAGUGCAUCAACAACAUGGGCUCCUACAGAUGCCGCUGUAACAAAGGCUACAAGGUGAUGGUCCACCAAGGGAAGAUCACUUGUGUUGAUAUCAACGAGUGCGACAAUCCCCAGAUGUGCCGAGAGGGCGGGCACUGCAUCAACCUGCCAGGGUCCUACAAAUGCCAGUGCCUGGAAGGGUACGCCAACAAGUCCCCGCAGCAGCCGGCCUGUGAAGACAUUGACGAGUGCCUGAACCCCAACACGUGCCCCGAGGAGCAGUGCGAGAACACGCCUGGCUCGUACGAGUGCAUGCCCUGCCUGCCGGGACACCAGGCUCGAGAGGGCAUCUGCUUCGAUGUCGAUGAGUGCCAGAAGCGGGGCAUUUGCCCCCACGGGCGGUGUGAGAACCUGCAGGGCACGUACCGUUGCCUGUGCAAUGAAGGCUUCGUCCCUGAGACCGACAGCAAGGGCUGCAGGGACAUCGACGAGUGUGAGGACAACAGGCUGUGUGCUAACGGACACUGUGUGAACACCGAGGGCUCCUUCCUGUGCCAUUGUUACCCGGGGUACCAGCCAACUCAGGAGGGCAGCCAUUGUGAAGAUACAAAUGAAUGUGAAAGGCAUAACUUCUGCCUGAGAGGAGACUGCAUCAACACCAUGGGCUCUUACCGCUGCGAGUGUCCCAAGGGCUUCCAGCUGAUCAACAGCAGGCGCUGCCAAGACAUCGACGAGUGUGCGGAGGACAGAGGCUUGUGCCAGCCGCACGGCAUGUGCGACAACAGGCAGGGCACGUACAUCUGCGUGUGCAACGAGGGCUACGUCAGCUCCGAAGACGGACACAGCUGCGAGAAGAUUGCGGUUGAUGUCGAAGAAAAGAAAGAGUGCUACCUGGACCUGGAUGACACAGUCUUCUGCGAUAGUGUCUUGGCGGCCAACGUCACCAAGCAAGAGUGCUGCUGCUCUAUCGGCAUGGGCUGGGGUGACCAGUGUGAGAUCUACCCCUGUCCUGUUCAUAAAUCCGCGGAGUUCAUUUCUCUGUGUCCUUUUGGAGAAGGCUUCUACCACGAGAACAGCAUGACGUACGGCUUGCCCGGCCAUCGAGAUAUUGACGAGUGUGUCCUCUUUGCCAAUGAGAUCUGUAAAGAGGGCCGAUGCAUGAACACCCAGCCUGGAUACGAGUGCUACUGUCAGCAAGGUUUCUACUACGACAGCAACCUGCUGGAGUGCAUCGAUGUGGAUGAAUGCCACGACAAGUCUCACUGCACCAACGGACGGUGUAUGAACACCCCGGGCUCCUUCUACUGUAUCUGUAACCCUCCCAACAUACCCGAUGCCUCCAACAAGAAGUGUGUAGUCCCUGUUUUCACAGGUGUGGAUGAGUGCCAGGAUCCGGCCAACUGCAGAAACGGGCGCUGUGUGAACACGUUGGCGUCCUACUACUGCAUCUGUACUCCACCCUGGACCCUGGCCACCAACCGCAACAGCUGCAUCCCCCCGGAGGAGCAAGGGGAUGUGAAUGAAUGCCAGGACCCAUCGUACUGUAAGAAUGGAGUGUGUCUCAACACGCCUGGCUCCUUUCACUGUAUUUGCACGCAGCCCCUCACCUUCAGUGCGGCGCUCAGACAGUGCGUCUAUGACGACCGCACUGCCGCCCACAAGGACGUGUGUUUCCUUCAGGUGGACGAGGACUUCAUCUGCAGCAUGCCGCAGAACGGGCUCAUGGUGACCUACUCAGAGUGCUGUUGCCACUACGGCCGCGGCUGGGGCCCCGAAUGCCGGAUCUGCCCCCAGAGGAAUUCAGUCAUCUUCAGUCGCCUCUGUGAGAUGCACCUGGAAACAGACUCUGAUGGUGAAGGGGACUUCCUGGCGGCUUUCGCCAACUACAAACCAGGAGACAGCUCAGAGGAGGACUCGGAUGAGUGCAGCUGUGCCAACGGUCGCUGUGUGCGCUCCUACCUGGGCACCAUGUGUGAGUGUAAUGCUGGCUUCCGGCUGGACCACUCCAGGACGCGAUGCACAGAUGUCGACGAGUGCGCCGAACUGGGUCUCCGCAACUCCUGCAAGAACGCCCGCUGCAUCAACACUGUGGGCUCCUUCAAGUGCAUCUGCAAGUCUGGCUUUGUUCCGGCCCGCAGGCCCAACUUCUGUGUCCGUCCGCAUGCGUCGUAACAUGGGGCACGCUUUCCCGCCCCACGCCGUCUAACCUACGCUGUCCUUUUCUGUGGACUUCUCCUUUUUCUCUCUUCCCCUGCUUUCUGCCAUCUUUGACAUGACCUUAAAUUCAGCCUUGGUUUUUACAUUAAGUCCCCUUUUGAGUUUAAUUUUGUAUUCCUCAAAUAUUCCUCAGAUAUGUUUGGCCUUACUCAAAUUAAUAAGAUAAAGUACAAUGACCA